AUGUAUGAAGGCAAACACAUACACUUCUCGGAGGUGGACAAUAAGCCAUUGUGCUCGUACAGCCCCAAGCUCUGCAAGCAGCGGCGGCUCAACGGCUACGCUUUCUGCAUCCGCCACGUCCUCGAAGACAAGACCGCGCCCUUCAAGCAGUGUGAAUAUGUGGCCAAGUACAACAGCCAGCGCUGCACCAAUCCCAUCCCCAAGUCGGAGGAUCGCAGUCCCUAUGAACAUCUUCCCACAGGACUGGACUGGUCUGAAGACAGUGCGGAGGAUGAUGAGGAGGUGGAGAGGUUACUGCCGUAUCAGUAUGCUUGGAGAUUACGGGAAAGGUAUUCACAGGACAACUCUGAUGAUAUCGGGGCUUCGAGAAACAACAGGCUGGCCCGCCUUUGCACUUACCUGCAGCAGAAGUACAAGCACCUGUGUCGCCUGGAGAGGGCGGCGACGCGCCAGAAGAGAUGCCGCUAUGCUUUCCAGAAGGCCCUGCUCCACGCUGCUAGCAAAGACCCUGACUGCGCAGGACAGCUGAUUCAGGAGCUGCGCAUGGCCACUCACACACAGAACAGUGUCAGGCCACCCGAACGAGGGGACGCAGACGCGGGGAUCUGCACAGGAAACACUAAGGGCCAGCCGUGUACCAGUGGGGCGCUGCCCUUCACCAGGCACUGUUUCCAGCACAUCUUGCUGAACCGGUCUCAGCAGCUGUUCUCCAGCUGCACCGCCAAGUUUGCCGAUGGCCAGCAGUGCUCCAUUCCAGUCUUCGACAUCACACACCAGACGCCGCUCUGCGAGGAACACGCGAAGAAGAUGGAUAAUUUCCUGCGGGGGGACGGCAACCGCAGAGUCCAGCACCAGCAGCCGCGCAAACCCAGGAAGAAGACGAAGCCUCCGGCCCUCACCAAAAAACACAAGAAGAAGAGGAGGAGAGGACCCCGUAGGCCACAGAAGCCCAUUCCCCCCGCCGUGCCACAGGGCAACCUGGGCAUGCCCUCCAGCCUUGCACUGCCAGCACAGGCCUCCAGCAUCAGGAGCCCCUCAACCCCAGACCUGAGUACAGAUGAGCUUCCUGAUGACAUCACCAAUGACAUCACAGACAUUCCAAAUGACCUUGAGCUCAAUCAGGAGGAUUUUUCUGACGUUUUGCCAAGGUUGCCUGACGACCUGCAGGAUUUUGAUUUGUUUGAAGGUAAGAACGGAGAGCUGUUGCCUACCACGGAGGAGGCAGAGGAGCUGGAACGGGCGCUGCAGGCUAUGACCUCCUACACGGCCUCGCUCGAGUGCCUGAGCUCCAUGGGUGAGCUGACCCAGCCGGACACUGUGGUUGUCCAGGACCUUGCUGACCACCGGGCCAUGGGGGUCUUCUCCGCCUCUUCCGUCCCGGGCGCCGGCAUCGCCUCCCUGGGGCGGGCGGUGGCCAACAGCGAGCUGGGGGACCUGCUGAACGGGCGCAUCCCUCCCGAGAACUUCUCCAGCCUGGAGCUGGACGAGAACCUGCUUCACUCUGCGGGCGGGCAGUUCCCCGCCCCGCCGUCCUCUCAGCCCCCGCACCCUCCCUCCGCCACCAGCGUCGGCCUUACCUCCGCUGCCCCCCCUCCCUCGUCCAACCCGCUGCUCACCCAGAGCCCCCUGACGGAGAGGACGUUCCCGCCACCUUUCCCCGGGCUCCACGAGGGCGGUCACCCCUCGCCACGGACCCACGCUCCCCACCUGCUGGCCAAGCCAGAGGAGCUCCUCCCCCCCCGACAGCAAUACGCCGGCGAGCACUCGCACUCUUCCCCUCACGGCAGCCACUACAGCAGUGAACACGUGCCAUCCCCCUACAGCGACCACAUCACCUCCCCUCACCCGGGCACCUACCCCUCCGGGGAUGGAGGCAGCGGUGGCAGCGCACUGGCAGCUAGUUUUCAGGCAGAGGCACCUCUCCUACCCACGCCUAUCCUCCAGAGUCAGCUGGAGGUGCCCAUGAGCGUGGUCCCGGGCAACCCCCGUCCUUCGUGGAACAACAUGCCCCUCCCCUUGGCUGACCCCAGCCAGUUCGGUAACCUCAUCGGCCCCGAGGGCCACCUGAUCUCCACCUCCCUCUCCACGCCCCCCUCCACCUCGCACUCGGUCACCCUCCAGCCCUCGGCCGCCCUUUCGGCGCUGCCCCAGACAAACUUCGCCGGCCUGGCCGCCGCAGUGGGCUCCUCGGCCGGCCCCCUGUCCUCCUCCUCCCCUUCCUCGUCCUCUUCCUCCUCCUCCUCCUCCUCCACCGCCUCUCCGCACGACCUCCUGACCUCUAACCCCCCGAAGCAGCAGCUUCCGCAGUUCAGCGCCGCCUUCGGCCACCAGCUGGCCUCGCACAGCGGCAUCCCCAAGGACGUCCAGCCCAGCCACAGCUCCACCGCGCCCCCCACUGGCUUCAGCGUCGCGGGCGCCAGCACCGCAAGUGCCAGCAGCGUGACGUCGCCCUUCCCCACGCAGUAGCGGGAGUGAGUGUGAGUGCCGCGAUCAGUACGCUCCGGAGAGAGCAGGCCAGGGGUUUCAAACAAGUCAAACUCACAAGGUGGACUCACUGUUCGAUACGGGGUAGUGCAGGUUUAGUCGCACGUGUGCAGUGAAAAACGUUACGCAUAACACCAAUGGAAAGACUGUGGAAAGUCACUAGUCUUGUAGUGUUGUAGUUGUUUUAAGUAUAUCUACUGUAUUCCUUCAACACAAAACUAUUAAAAAGAAACAGCAUUCCUUGCAUUUGGAGGCAUCUGGUGUCUUCUGAAUAAAGAAUUGAUAGUUGGUAUUUAAAGAGAGACUCUUACAGCAAUGUGAACUUGGCAUUGUAUGUACCUGCUUCUCAGCUAUGCACUUUUGAAACCUAAAACUAAGCACAGAAGUUUUUUUUUUCCGAGCUUCUCAUCAUAGCUGAUCAGAAUAGACGAAGCGCCAAAAAAUAUCUGUAGGACUCGAUUGGUUCAAUUACAAGAAAAGAAAAGUUUAUCUUUAUCUGAAGCUAGGAUUGUUUGGUGUUUUAAAUGAUUUUAAUAAUGUGAAAGGGUGUCGUAUUGAAAUUAUACAUUUUCUGAGCAUAUUUAUCUAAAUGGGGGUAUUCUUCUCGGUUAAAGAUCUUUUAAAUAAAUCAUUUGAAAUAAUUCAGUUUUUUUUUCUUUCUACAGUAAUUGAAAUUGCUUUGCCAGAACCACUUUGUGCUGCAAACCAACAUAGACACAAUGAAUGCGUGUAUCACUUCUUUAAGUUUGCACUCCCUCUUGGGAACCUCUUGCUACAGUUGCUGAGGAACGUAGUCUGAAUUUAAACCUGCAAACUCUCGUAUCAAGGAUCACCCUGCACUGUAGACUGGUACGUUCAUACCACAGACACUCAGGGGCCCUGUUCUACUGCAAAUCCCAGUUUAUUAAUCACAAAGGGUGGGCAUCCCUGCUUCUGGAGUGCUGCGUUGAUUUCUGGGUUUCAUUUCAUCUCAGACCUUCAUGACUUAAUUGAAUAUCAACAUAAUGUACAUUUAGUUGAUAAGAAGUCAGAUCAGCUGUGUUUUCCAGAAAUUAAUCAGGUGCUGAUUGAAAGGUGCCCUCUGAAACCUGCAGGACCUCAGCACUCAAAGACCAGGGUUACCCACCCCUGAGUUAAAGUAACACCUCUUUCUUCCUCUCUACCAAAGCCAUAUUUUUGCUAUUUGUCAGUAGCUGCUUCCUAUUCAUUUAUUGCUGAAGUUUCAUCUUUUACAAUGUGUAAAUGUUUAGUGUAGGGUCGCAAAAGGAUACAGCACAGUUUUAAUGAAUUUUGAGUUUUAAUUGUUACGAAAGGAGUUUUAAUUUGUUCUAAAAUAAGGCUAUUUUCCAGAGAACACACCCAAAUGCACACACAGUGCAUCUUUCCAUAAUGUUCGGCUCUGAACCCUGCUAAAGGGUUUUUAUCAUCUUGAGUUCAGCCCUACUCAGUAUCUAAUAUUACCAUUAAUAGGAGUUUAGAAGGGAUCGUUGCAUUUGUAUUUAAAUUAAAUUUGUAUUAAAACUAAAAGAUAUCCACACAUGGUGCAAUGGCUAUUUUUGAUCCUGCUUAUCCCUGCAUUUCAGUCUUUUUCUGAAAUGCCACAUACAGCAGAUGUCUCAUUGCCCGCAAAAGCAAAUUUAGAAUCAUCCCUUUCCACACAAGGGGAAUCAUAUUAAUGAGAUCAGAUUCUACAUUGGCUAUGCAUUGAUCCUCACAUCCACAUUUUAAUUCUGUUUCAUUUAAUUGCACCUAAGUAUUAACAUGAAGGAUCUUUUAUAAAUGUUUUAAAAAGUCUGAUUGAAAGAAUUGAUUUCACGGGUUUUCUAUCAACAUACUAGAUAUUGCAAUCAAGGGUUUGCAUUGGCUCACAUGAUUGACAGGGAAUAAUAUACCUGCAACACUGGUGCUACUGCUUUCAUCUUCCCCAUCUCAGUAACGUGCAUUUAUGUUUCUUUGAACUUCUAAGACUUCAUAAUUAUUUUUUGAGAUCUGCGCCCCCAAGCUCAGGGUCCGUGUAGAAUUUUGUUAUAGCCUAUCUUGUAGAUGAAAUCAACAUUUUGAAAUUUAAUUUUGUUCAUACGGUUUUAUAAAGUGGUGUUAUAUAUUUUAAAGAAGAAACACCUUUAGAAUGGAUGAAAAACAAAGCUUCAGGAGGGCAGGUUAUAUUGUCAUCGGGUUUUGGGGAUUUCCAGAAUGUAGUAGAAAAUAUCAUCUGAAUCCUGUGAGUUAGAUCUAUAAGUGACCUAAAAUAUAAAACCAUUUUAGCACAUAUUACCCUUUUUUUAUAGAUAUUAUAGAUGAUGAUAAACUAUUACUUAUUGAAGCAGAGUGUAAAAAGACUAAUUAUAAGAAUGCUUAAAGUGUUUAUCAGUUUUGAUUUGAGCUGAAUUGCAUUCCAAAAUUGAAAAGCCAUUUAAGGUAGUGUACCUAUUGUGCACUUUUUUUGGGAAUGUAUUUGUUUUUUUUUUUUGCAAUUCCUGUUAUGUGUGUUCUUCAUUAUUUAUUUUUUUCCACUUAGACCACUGGUCCUCUAUUCAAAUCCUGGAGUGCUGGUCAUUUCAGCUGGGCUCUUGACAACCUGAAAUAGCCGACUGGUGGCUUAGCUGUUUAACUGCUUCUCCCAGCUUUUUAAGGGACUGGUGCCUUAGAGAGUCCUGGAAAAACCCCAGACACCCAGAACCUCCAGGACCAGAAUAACGGACCUCUGACCUGGUCUUAUCAUCCUUCGAGAUGAAGGACUGUCCCACAGACAGCUCCUGAAAAAAUCUACCAAAGCCUGCAGCACACAAAGAAGCUGAUUAAUUUUGCACAAGGCUGAUAAACAGAAUAAAAAAUUUGGGGAAAUGUAUUGCUAUAUUAGCUGAAAAAGUUAUUCUCAGUGGGUUUUUCCUAUCAGACAGAUUUGUUUUCCUUUUCAGUGUUCUUUAGCAAAGAGCUUUGACUCUGUGGCAGAGAAAGAAUAUUUGAAACACUUAAAAAAAACAACUAAUAAUAGGAAAGUGCAAGUACAUCCAACUCCUUUAAUAGAUUGAUUCUCACUCAUACGCACAAAGUCAGCUCUGUAGGAUCAAAAUGAAGUUUAUUGGAAUUAAGCAGUUAAGUGACUUACGAACCAGUCUGACAUCAAGUCUCCUGAAAGUAAUUAGAAUCAGGUGAAUUUAACACAUGGGCAAAUGAAAUUUUCUUUGCCAGUUUUACAGUUCGCUUUUGGCUUAACUGUUAAAACGUUUUACUUGCGGUCAGCUGAGCCAAACUGCAUCAGCCGCCCUGAAUCAAAUUUGAUUUGAUUGUCUGAAGACCAGGCUAAACACAGCCUUUUUCAGCAGUGUGAUAGGAAUGGAUGAAUCUGACUCAUUUAGAUAUUAAAACUGCUUGGUGCUGCACACUAGGGCAUAGUUCUUUUUUUCCUUCGUUUUAAAGUGUUUCUUGAUCGCUCUUGAGAGAGAAAAUGGCUCGCCGGCAUGCUCUUUGACAGCGCGUUCAAGUCAUGCACUUCUGUGGUUCCAAUACGCUACUUCGCAAGUCUGAUCAGAAAUGCACCUAGAAAGGCCAAGAUCACAGGAGAGGAGAGACUAUCCUGGAAGAUACAAAAAGCCUACUUUUCGAGUUAAUUUCUCCCCUUAGUACUGUCUCAAACUGGUACAUUGUUGUUUUCUGCACUGCCUACUUAAUAUUUUAUUUUCUGACUACAGCGCUGUGAAUUUAACGGUCACCUCAGAAGGGAAUUUGUACAUCACAGGAACACGACGCAUAACCUCAGCGUUGAAUGUCCUCGUGGUUUUUUUCGUUGUAACACAUGGAUUUCAUGGAAUGUUCCUCAACGUGAGAGCUCCCUGCCUUUUCAUUGGAGUGGUUUUUAUUAGGUUUGUGUCUGUAAGCGUGAUGAAAUAACAGUAAUUCACCGGCUGGCUGUACACCUACACUUUGUGAAACAAUAUUGUCCUGUAGCCAUCAGUUGGCAUUGAAGUGCCAAAAAACACCCUUUUUGAACCUCUGGGUAUGAAGAGAAUUGAAGAGUUUCAAUUGUCUCUGUGAAGCGCUCUCUGUGCAAGAGCUUAGUCACAAAAGGAGUUAAGUAACCCUAUACACUUACACCAGGAACUUCCAAUCAGACCUAUAUUUUACUUCAUCGGCACUAAAAUCACAAAGAAAUUUUGUACAUUUCAUCUGUAGAAAUUUUUACUUGAGUAUGCCCAUUUUUAAAUUAUUUUUAGGAAAUGUAGGAAAGAAUAUAGAGGGGAAAAUCAGUUUGAAUUUUCCUGCACGCAGUGAUAAUGGUCUAAAUCUUUAUUUGAAGAAACAGACCAAUUUAAGGCCUGUUUUGUGGGGGUAAGAUUCAGGCACUGCAGCUCAUGAUAAAGGCAAUAUUUCCGUGUACUUGGCCAUUUUUCUGUGUAGCACUUGACCGUGAAAUCCAUGUACAUGUAUCGGUCUUGCAACCCAUAAACAAGACGUAUUAAAUGUGUUGCUUUCACGUUCCCAUGCGUAAACUUACUGUACCCAAAUGUGAGUCCACCUGUUUGAUUUGUUUGCAACCAGAGCAGCAGUCUAGUUCUGCAGAAGUAAAGCUGACAGAGGGUUGUCACGGUGCAAAAAUAAGAAGCACACACAGCUGGAAGUCUCUGGGGAGCAACAUGUGGUGGUUGUCCUGAAAAAAGGGCAGCCCGUAUUUAUCAAGAAACAGUCAGUUAACAUGAACAUUAGCAUUUCAAUAAAGAACCAGGUUAGUUUUUAUUACAGUUAAUUUAUUGCACGUGCAACACCCCUCUCAAUGAUGGAGGCCUCAAACAAUUUGUCAUCUAAGCGUAGAUAUUGUCAAACCAUUUUAACAGUAGUUUUCAUAGUAUAGAUUUAUCAGUUUGAUUUAUUGAUUUGCAAGCUAAACAAACCAUAGACCCUGGCAGAGUGCAUUAAACCUGUUCUGUGCAAUGCUGCUGAUAUAUCAGGAAAGGUGUUUGGCCCUAAUUUAAAAAAAGGUUUUUAAGGUAAAUCUGGUUCCUUGAAGCAAUAAACUUUAAUGGGUAGUUUUCUUGCAUACGAUUUCGAACAUUUCUCUUAAGCUCCACGUUUUAUAUUUUGGUCCAUUUAAAAUAAACUCUGUAUCAGGCCUAUUCAAAAACACAGACUGUUUUCUGAUAAAUAGAAGGGGUGGAAUAGAUUUGGGCUGUCGGAUUAGCUAUGAACUGCAGAUUUGUUCAGGAUAGGAUCAUACAAUUCAGGAUCGGUAUAACAUACUCUUGACAUUUCAAUACCGUAGCACAUGGGUCUGAAGAACUGCAGUUUGUAAUAUUUGCAAAGAUAUUCCAAAAAUGCUACUAACGUUAAACAUCCCAGUAAAACCUAAUAGCCAAAUAAAAAAAAAUCAGAAUUGUGUACAGUCCUCUCAAUGGUGCUUUCUGGUAUCUACACAACAAGUGACCUUAAAGGGAACAUAAAGCAAAAGUAGCAUUUGUUUGUUGGUGUGGGUAUUGAGAGAGGAAUAAAGGAAUGAGAUCAGGUUUGUGAAAGAAUAUAUUUUCACUGUGUAUGAGGUCGAGGAGGUCAACCUUAAAAAGUGGGGAAAGUUGAUUUCUGCCUCAUAUUACAGCCAAACAUUUUUGAAGGAAGACCGAGUAUUCAUGUAUUAAACACUUCUAAGAAAAUGCCAGAUGCAGCUUGCAUUUGACCAAUACAUCUGGUCGCCCUGUAAUAUCCCUUUCCUUUUGUUCCUUCCUUGAAAUUUCCUUCAGAAAAAUGUUAGAAUGCCACUGGAAAUCUUAUUUUUCCCAAACCGUUCAGAACAGGGAGAAUUGCAGCAUACUGUUCUUGCUAAAAAAAGCAAUCACAUUGAUAUACUAGUACUCAGAUCAUUCUUGCACAGGGGUUGAGAUCUGAUCUAGAUGGUUCAUUUGUGUUUCAGUGUCAAGAUAUUCUGGACAUUCAAGCAGUGGAAUUUAAAGCAGUCUCAAAGUAUGCCAUUUGAAAUAAACUGGAAUAACAUUUCGCCAUGCCCUUGAUAACUUUCAAUGUCAGCUUAGACUUUAUGUUCCCUUUAAGUGACCUGAAACCGACAAAGACGACUACCUGACAUAACUACUCCCUUUUCUGCUUUGAAUAUUUUUUUCAGAAUUAUUAUCACAGUAAAACAUGGGGUUUUGGUAGUAUUUUUAGAAACGGGAAAAUUAUCAAUUCUAAUAGUAUAAGUAUUUAAUAUAUUUAUAGAGUAGCAGUCUCUAAAUAUUGGGUUUUAAUGGUGAGUUGACAUGAGUGGUAAUGGUUAAAAAUAAAAGUUUGAAAAAAAUUAAUAAAAAGUUAAAAAUCCCAAAAAAAAGACAUAAAAUCAGAUCUAUUUUUUAUCAAUUGCAAAAUGUACUUAAUGGAGCAAAUGUUUUUGUGGAAGAUCUUUUUCACCAAUUUUAAUAGCUAUCAAAACCCUGUCCCGAGGUAAUAGAAGUUAUCUUCUUUUAACAACUUAAAUGGAUGCCAUAGAUUGUGUAUGUUUUUUUUACCAUUUUGUCCAACCAGCGCGUUCACAAAAUGGCUGUGAUUAUGUAUGAAUGUGUUCUGUAUUUUUGAUAGCUAUUAAACUCUACCAAAUCAAGGCUUAAUAACAGGCUGGAAGAGGAGGAUCCCAUUGGGCCACAGUGAAAUCUCCCUUCCUUGGAGAGCCCUUGCUUAGCUUGACUAGUUGGUCUGUGCUGCCAUGCCACCCCUCUCUUAAUUGGAAUAAACAGGCUCCCAUCCUGCAGUGUAAUAAGCCACCAACCCAAGAGUAGCCUGAAUAGGGCAGAGAGUGCAGUACGUUUUCCCUUUUUGCUAAUUAAAACAAAAUGGGGGAAGAAGCAUCAAAAUAUUUCUUCACCUUAUGGGUCCUUUCCAAUUUUCGAAGGGUUUUGAUCGCCAUCCGUCUUGUCGUUAUUGCCCCAGCGGGAGAAGAGGUUCAUACAGAGACACACGCACCGGUACAUUUGUUCUGCCUGGACGUCCGUCGCUUCUGUGGCAGUUGGGUAUUUCCGGCAAGUCUGAUCACUGGUCCAGUAUAUGGGCACAUGAUUAAAGUUGCACUAUUUCAUUUUUGAUAAGAAACUAAUUGGUGCGGAAUAUUUUUAAUUAUGUUGGAUUGCUGAGAAAUACUACUUCUAAGUUCAUGCUGUGUUGUUGAUUGCUGCAGCACCUAAAGGCUAUACUCUUGUGCCUUUUGUUAGCCUCUAUACGAUUCACAGUGCACCUUACUUACUUAUAGUGCUCCAAUAUAGCUUUUUUACACUUCACGUUAGGAUGAAGGGGCUCCUAUAGGCAGAGACGCAGUGUUUUUACAGGAGCAGCAGACUUGCAUCUUGCAAUAUAACCGAGGUUUUGAUUGGAUGACAUCUACCCCUCUCAGUCCAGCCUCUUUCUGGAAUUUUGUUUUCAACUUUGUUUUCAAUAACUUAAGUGGAGUUGGCGUAGUUCAGAAUCGGGCGAGACGGAAACUCUCUGGAAUGGAAUGAACAAAGCAGAAUAAGUUGGAAUCGUGCAUGGAGAAUUCUGCCUGUGCAAAAAUGGGGAAAAAGUGAGAAUCUAUCCCAGUCUCAACAUACGACUGUCAAUUGAAAGGAUAGGAGGAGGGCUGGGAAUGUGCCUCUUCAUCUCGUCUUCAGAAAAAAAAACCCAUUAAGGACGUGAUUUGAAAUCAUAUUUGUAACUGUAGGUUGAUUUACGGAUUGCUGAAAUGUACACACAUUUCAAGCAUUAAAAUAGAUUUUGGGGGAAUAUUUUUGUGUGUUUGCGAUUAUGCCAGGUCUGACCACAGCUUUCCCUUUAUACAGAUCAUAAAAUACCUCUUGAGAUUCUGCAGGAGCUCUGGUUAUAUCUGCUCCUGCUUUUCCAGGUUGGGCACUCUUGCGUCAAUUCUUUGUCUCCUGUUGUCCGCAGAACACAAGCAUGGAAGCACAGAUUCACUACUAUCGAUUUAAUCCCACAACCAUGACCCUCCAGAUAUAUUUUAAACAUGUAGCAGGGAAAGAAGCUUUGUAAGCACUUGUAACUGCUUAGAAUAAGACAAAGGUGGCUUACAAAUUCCUAUACUCAUUGAAUGUACUGUAUUACUGUUUUUAAAAAUAAUAGGAUGAGCUAAUAAUGAUCUAGUCACCUUUUGUUAUUGGUCCUUGUUUAAUUUGUUUAAGGUAUUUUUUGUAUACAAAAGUUUACAUUUUUAUGUAUAUUUUUCUUGUGUACAAAUUAUGUAAUAUGUGUAUAAACACUGUAUGUAAUAUCUGUAUAUAGUGUGACAAAAAUUGAUCUUUGUUUUUGGAUGUACAAAUAAAACUUGCUGUGAGGUAUUCGCUGA